AUGGUGGCGGCGACGGGAGGUGCGCCCUACUGCAGCAGCUACUCAGGCUUCAUUGCAAGCGGCGCAGAGACGCUCGGGCUCUCCUCGCUCGUCGGCCUGGACUCGCCCUCCUUGUCCCUGCGCGGGAGCUUCCCUCAGGCGCAGGCCGCCGCCACUCCCUCCGCCGAGGUCUACCUGGCUUCGCCCUCCCCCGGGCCUUCCGACUACGAGGUUCAGAAGGCUGAGCUAGGCCUCAGCAAGAAUCUUCUACAGCCUCGAGUGCUGCUCUGUAAGGCAGCGCGGCCGACGACGGCUUCCGAGGUGGCUCCCGGUCCCGUCUCCUACAACGUGGGCGGCUCGGGCUCGCAGGGCCAAGCGGAAGCGCGGCCGUUGCCGCGGUCCCCGCAGGCCAUCAUCGGCAAGCCGCCAGCUUUUCUGGGACUGCAAAGUGCCAAACUUGCAGAAGCCGUGGCUGGUAGGGGCGUCUGCUUCCACAGCGCCGAGGGUGACCUGCCGCUGAGGCCGCGAUCUCCACGGGUGGUCUUCCGCACGGCGGGCAAAAGCAGCGAUCCUCCGGACGCAAGGAAGGCUGGAGCCUCGCCCCCGUUGAGGAUCUGUCACACCCCGGGCAUUGGCCAGAGGCGAGUGAGCUUCACGCAGGCUCCGAGAGACACCUUCCGGUUCAUUCAGGGGAGAUCCGAUGCAAUGUAUGGGCCUGGGGGUGGUUCCCAGCUCUAUCGGGAGAUGAGAAGGGAGAUCAAAGGAGGUGUCAUGGGGACGGCGAAGCGCUUCAGAUCCACAAGCCCAGGACUCCUGGACCGCUGCCCGGGACCGCAGAACUACUCGCCCAGCAUCGCCUUUUCCUCGAGGUUUCGCCGCUGA